GUCGCGGGCAGCAGGACCGGGGCAGAGCGCUCCCAGCCCGAGAGCCACAGCAGCAGCAGCAGCAGCAGCAGCAGCAGCAGCAGCAGCAGCAGCAGCAGCGAUGCUUUGCCGAUUGCACUUCUCACCCUCCGCCACCCUGGCCAGCCGGCUGGGCACCAUGAGGACCCUCUGGCCAUACUCAGAGUCCAUCUUCACCGAGAUGCCGACGGUGGAGAAAAUUCGGGAGUUCAUGAACAGCUUCGAGCAGCUUCUGAGCAGCCAAGGAGCCGCCGCUGCGGAGCGAGCCCCCAGCACGGGCACAGCCCUGACCCAGGGCUCCGGCGAGGGCUUCUCCGUCUGCCAGGACGUGAAGGACUUUUCCCCCGAGCAGCUGUCGGUGAAGGUGGUGGGCAGGAAGGUGGUGCUGGUGGGGCAGAAGGAGACGCAGAGCACCGACGAGACGGGCUCCUUCUCCUACAAGUACGAGGUGCUGAAGCGGGAGUGGGACGUGCCCGAGGAGGUGGACGCCGAGGCGCUGACCUGCUCCCUGUCCAAGGAGGGGCAGCUCCGCAUCGAGGCCCCCAGGCUGGCGCUGCCGGCCGCCUCCGAGAGGAACGUGCCCAUCCAGGUCAACCCUGCAGCCCCACAGCCCGGAGCAGCCUCUGAGGACGGAGCCACCAGCAAAGCCCAGGAGUAACGGGGGGGAAGCGAUGGCCCACGGCAGGACCGGAACAGAGAGCAGCAAGUCCUGGGUGUUAGCCCAGACAAGCUCCAUCAAUAAUGAUAUCACUUUUUUCACUAUACUGGAAUGUUUUUGUAUCCAAUAAAAUACUUUUGCAUAGAA